AUGUUUCUCCCCAGCGUCCAUGCAGAGACCGACGAUGCCGUCCUUCUCCAAUUCAUUCGAGAAAACCCUCUGGGUAUGCUCAUCACCGGAAUCAACUCGUCCCUGGAUUUUCUGCAGUGCACCCAUGUCCCAGUGGUCCUAGAUGCCCCGGAAGAUUGCGACGACUCCGCUCCCCAGGGCCGUCUGCGGGCGCAUAUCGCCAAACAAAACCCUCAAGUCAAAGGCAUGAUCGAAUCCUUGGAAAGCAAAGAUGGUGUCAUCACCUUGGAGGACGACGUCCUAGUCGUCUUCAAUGGAAAACACGACCACUACGUCACCCCAAAAUUCUACGUCGAGACCAAGCCUGACUCUGGCAAGGUCGUCCCCACUUGGAAUUAUUCUGCCGUUCAGGUCUACGGCAAGCUUUCUCUUUACUAUGACUCCAAGACCCCGGAGGCUGGCAACUUCCUCGCCCAGCAGGUUCACGAUCUAUCACAACACACUGAAAAAUCAAUCAUGGGCUAUACCGGCGGGGAGAACCCUCAGCCAUGGAAAGUGUCCGAUGCGCCUGAGAAGUACGUGGAAUUAUUGCAAAGGAACAUCGUCGGAAUUCAGAUUCGGAUUGAUAAACUGCAAGGCAAAUUCAAGAUGAGUCAGGAGAUGCGGCCCGGUGACCGAGAUGGCGUGGUGAAGGGGUUUUCAAAGAUGGGAGGCGAAACCGGUGAAGCAAUCGCAUCUAUGGUUGAAGAGCGUGGAAUUCUACACGAAAAAAAGAAGCAGAAAGACUAG